AUGGAUUUAAUACUUCAACGACCAUUAAAUAUUCUUGAUCAACUUCGAAGACAACGCUUAAUAUUAAAAGUCGAAACUACCAAAGAAAUACUCGACGAAAUUGUUUCCUAUUUGCAUACGACUAAUAAUCGAGUCGAUGGUUUACAUCGAUUAAGCGCAGUUUGCCAAGAAUUCUCGUCCGUUUACAUGUUAAUACCAUUUGAUAAUUUGGAGAUCAUUAAGCAUGAAUUUUUCAUCAUUAUUGGACGUACAUUUGAAAUGUUAUUAGCGAAAGCAAGACUGAUGACGAUGUCGAAAGAAGAUGAGCAGCACUUUUAUGAAUUAAGUUACUUCAUAGUAAAUUUAUGUUUUCAUAAAAAUACAGAAAUAGAAAACUUUUAUAUUGGUAAUAAUGAAAAAUUAAAUUAUUAUGAUGACGAAGAAGGUUUUAAUUCAAUGUCAUAUCAAAGAAUAUUUUUAACCAAAUCUUUUUUUGAGAGAUUUAUUAAAUUGGUUACAGAUGAUUUAAUUAUCAAUGAUUACCCCCCGUUCCAUGUCAAAUAUAAAGUUGCUCAUCGAUUACUUCAUCUUUGUACUGAAUUAGACAAUAUUGAUCAUAACGUCCUAAUCGAUCCGAUUAUUGAAUGUCUAAAGUCAAAUUUUUACCUUGAUACUUUCAAAACAGUUGAUCUUCGUCAGCCAAAUUAUAAUCCUAAACAAUUAUUCUUUAUCUCUGAAUGUGCAGAAUUUUUAAGUCGACGUUGUUGGAAGCGUCGCACUGAUAUAUCGAAAAUGUUGUGUGCGCCUAUGUUAGAAUUUAGUCGGGAUAUUUUCAAACAGCAUUUACCUAUUUUAUUAGAAGGAGAAAACCUAGACAGCAAUAAUGAAUACCUUAUGAAAGGUGCUAAAAUACAAGCAGUGAUUUUACACAUUAAACUAUUGAAUUAUUUUGCCUUGGAACCAACAGCAAGGAAAUAUUUCUAUCGAGGCUCACGAUCAAACAAUAAAAUCAUCAGUCGAAUGAUUAGAAUAAUUUCACAUUCAUCUUUAAUAGAAAGUGUUUAUGCUAAUCAACAAUUAUUUCAUGCAGAUGUUGGUCUUGUUUCAUAUGCAAUAACUUUGUUAUAUAAUUUAGUGUUUGAAAAGAAAAUUUUCUAUCUAUUGCGGCAAGACAUGCGUGUUUUAAAUGCGUGUUCAGAAUUAGAACGCGCAAAAGAUCUUACCAUACAAUUUGGAUCCCAAACAUUAUUAGCGAUUCUAAAUCAAAAAGAAAUUGAUCAAAUCAAUAAUCCAUCAGAAAUCGUGCAAAAUUAUUUGCAUUAUAUUGAAAAUAUGAUCGAUGAACCAGAACAUACAUAUCAUGGGGUUCGAUUAAACGGUGUACUUACUAAUCUUGAAAUUAUUGUGCAAAAUGAUGAAGUGAAGGAGGAGAUUACGAAUGAUGACAGAGGCAUACCAGUACUUGCGAGAUGUGUUUAUGACAAACGUCAAGAAGAUGAAAUUCAACAGACGGCUGCGCGAAUUCUUUUAUCGGUUUCAUUUAUCGGGCAGAAUGCCGUUGACAAAAUAGUAGAUAAUGAACCACUAAUGAGCUGUGUUCAUCGUGAAUCAAAGUCAAAUAAUAUGAAGCAAAGAGGGACCAAUGAAGGUCUCCUAUGGAAAACUGGUGAGGAAGAUAAAUUCAUUUUAAGGCAAGAAGAAAAAAAACAGAAAGAACAACUAAUGAUUCAAGAGAUCACGCCAUCUGAUGUUAUUUUUGAAGAAUCAAAAGCUAUUUAUCAAUAUGUUAGAGGCGAUUAUCGCUUUAAUUUAGGCGAUACCGCAAUAUCAGACAUAUAUGUAAUGAUAAGUUAUUGCGAAGAUGAUAUAGAAAUAUGCCAGCGAAUUUAUGAUACCCUGAAAACGAGCACACCUUAUCAUCUUGCGAUGGAUAAAUAUAAUAUGUAUAGUGCCAGCCCAGCAGUUGUAGCAAGUAUAGCUGAAAAAGCAGACGUCGUUGUUAUGUGUCUUUCAAAUAAAUAUCGGUUGUCAACUGUAUGUCGAUUGGCAGCUGAAUAUAUUAAAAAACGGCAACGACCCAUUAUUCCAGUGAUCGUUGAAGCUAAUUAUAAACCUACAGGAUGGCUGAAUAUUGCUGUUGGUGUGAGAAGAUUCAUUGAUUUUACAAACGAUGACUUGGGUGUUACCUAUAAUGAUUUAAUCCGAGAAAUCGCUGACAUUAAAUCAAACAAAAACUAA